AUGGGGAUGCUGGCAAGAGUGGUUCAAAGUGUCCAGACCAAUAAGAAUGGAAGAAGAAAUUCAACUAACUAUACAAGUACAGAGAUGGAUGGUAAUACUUGUGAGAAGGAAGUUGAUAAUGCAAUCAAUGUAGAAGAAAAAUUAGAAGAGCCAAAAUUGGGAAUGGUGCUUAAUACAGUUGACGAAAUAAUGGAGUACUACAUAAGAUAUGGUAAUGGCCUAGGGUUUCCCAUAAAAAGGAGAACAUUGUCAAAGGGAGAUGAUGGAGAGCUAAAAUAUGUGACAUUUGCAUGUUCUCGCUAA